AUGUCGUCGCCAUUCAUCGGCCUCAACGUCAAGCUCACGUUGCACUCGCAGCCGCAUCUGCAUCUAUACGCCAAAAUCCUUUCGAUCGACCAGGCCGCCAACACGCUCACCGUUCAGAAACUCGAUGGCUCCCACGCCGUACUCGAAAGGACAGACAUUGCCAGUCUAGCUGCUGCGAAACCAGUCGAGGCCGCCAGCGAAAAGCCCGCCACUCCUGCAGCAGCCAAGCGCAAAUCCAACCAGGAUGCCGCCGCUGCUUCCACUCAGUCCGACCAGCCCCACCUCCUCGCACCCAAGACCGCCGAUCCCGUCGGCUCGCGCACCUCUACACCCUCCCGCUCGCCUCGACCUCAGAAUGCUGCUGCCGGAACACAGACACCCAGAUCCGCCAAGAAGAAGGCGGCGCCGCUUGCAUCUGUCUCGCGCGGCAGCAGCCCCGCCAUCCCCAACGCCUCGCUCUCGGACGAGUUCGACUUCAGCGCAGGCCUCAAGGCCUUCGACAAGAAGAAGAUCUGGGACGACAUCCGCGCCUCGGACCACACCGACCCGGCCUCGCUCCUCGUCUCGCACAACCGCAUCGCCAAUGCGCCCGUCGAGCUCGUGCGCGGGCCCAACGGCGUCGGCCCCGCCAACUCGGUCUCCACGCCCGACCGCGGUAGAACCAGCAAGAAGGACGGUCAGCAGAAGCUGCGUCCCAACGAGAUGGUGCUGAGCCCAUCGCCCGAACGUGUCCCUUCGCCCACUCCCGCCUCGUCCGCAGCACCCGUGCCAGCACCCGCCGCGCCCUCCCAGCCGGCGGGCAAGCCGAGCUACGAGGAGCUCGAGCAAAAGAUCCGCAAGCUCGAGGCCGAACUCGCACUGGCACGCAGACGCAAUGCGCUCCUCGAGGAGCUGGCUGGUCUGGGUCUGGGCGUUUCUGCGCGCACCGAUGCGGGCGCGGACUACAGCGCCUCGUCGGCCGCGCCUACUGCCUCGCCUGCGUCGCAGCCCGCGCAAGCCAGCCCCGAAGUCCGCAACGAGUCUCAACAACGACCUGUCGCCCAGGACGUGACUGAAACCACGCGCGACCUGUCCAACAUGACGCUGCACGCGUCUUCUGCGCCGACGGGUCAGGAGCCGCGCUCGUCGACGCCCGCUGCGCUGUCGAGCGCACUCGCCGCAGCCGGCUUUGCCAUCUCGGGCCAGUCGACACACUCGAGCUCGGCUGGCUCCACGCUCGCGCCUGCUUCUCAGCCGGCCGAGGUGGCCGCCGAGAAGGAGGAGGCGGUGUUCGGGCACAUUGUCGAUGCGCCAGUGCUGACGCUCUUCUUCCCCACGGCGGCGCUGCAGCACGCGGCGCUCGCGCGCAUCGAGGCAUUCUACGAGUCGGACACCAACGGCAAGCGCUACCUUUCGCUGCAAGAGGCGGCAGACGAGCGCAUCUGCCGCAACUACCAGGGCUUCAACUUUCCGCUGCGCCAGGGCGUGCAGGACUGGCUGGACGCCAUGCACGACGCCGUGGGCUCCGACACCGAGGCGGAGGCGCAGUGGUGGCGGCCGCACUGUUCUGCGGAGGAGGUGCAGCUGCUGGAGCUGCUGGUGUCGCUGCGUGCCAUUUCGCCGUACGAAGGUGCCAGUGCGCGCAGUGACGAUGGCGAGGCUGCGGUGAGCUAUGUGAUUGCGUGCGUGGCGUCGCAGGCGCACUCGACGCUGCCGCACGAACGGCUGCAUGCGCUCUACUUUCUCUCGGCCCCGUACCGGGCGUUGGUGGCGCAGCUGUACGACUCGCUCACCGCUCCGGCAAAGAAGGUCAUCGAGGCCGACCUUGCUCUGCGCAAGUACGCCCCCGCGGUGUGGAGGGACGAAUUCCAGGCGUACCUCGCCGAGGGUCCGGCGACGGAGAAGGAGUUUGGCAACAAGCCCGCGUCCGAAUGCAAGCUCAUCGCACAGCAGCUGCGCGCCCAGCUCGCGAGGCUGUGGGCCGAGUUGGGUGCGGCAGGAGAUGAGACCGCAAUGCACGAUGCGUGGGAAAACGUAAAGUGGCAGACUCUCGACAGGUACGCAGCGGCCCAGAAGAAGAAACCCGCCACAGCAAAGGGCAAGAAGAAGGGCCGCAAGUGA